GAUUUGAUACAUGCGUCUUCUGGCAAUUGAAUUCGAUUUGAUACAUGCGUCUUCUGGCAAUUGAAUUUGAUUCAAUACUCGUGGCAUAUUAAGUCAAACUUCACAAAGAUGGAAUGGAUACAGAGCGAGAGGGGUGGGCGAAAGCUCCUCCUGGGAGGAUACAUGUACGUCAAGCAAAAAGAUUUGGCAGAUGGGUACGAGGGCUUUGAAUGUGAGCUACGAAGGAACACACGACAAUGCAGAGCAAAAAUUAAGGUCAUGGGUGAUAACCAAUUCCGCGAUAGAACGGAGCAUAACCAUCCGCCUAACCAUGGUAGAAGCAAUGCUACGAAGGUUAAAGCAGCAACGAAGAGAAGGGCCACUGAGUCCAAUGAAAGACCACAACAGGUGCUUAUGGCGACACUAUGCGAGGUAACAGAGGAAGGGCGGGCAGCGCUACCAUCACUAAACAACAUGAGGAGGAAUAUCCGGAGACAGCGCCAAGAGAACCCAAACGCCCUCCCCAUUCCCAUGACUGUGGAAGAUCUGGAAAUCCCUGUAGAUCAACGAUUGACGCUGGGUGGAGAGCUUUUCCUUUAUCACGACUCUGGAAGAAACGACCCUCGCCGGAUUUUAGUGUUUACUACGGAAAGGAACCUUCAGUUGCUGUCAACGUCUGAAAGUUGGUUCGCUGAUGGCACGUUCAAGGUAGUGCCGACCAUCUUCUUCCAGUUGUGGACAAUCCACGCCACAUAUGACGGACAUGUGGUGCCUUUGGUUUAUUGCCUCAUGCUAAAUAAGGACCAGGCGUCAUAUACAAGGGUACUAGCAGCACUACAGGAGGGAAGGGCGUUCUACCCAACCAGAAUCAUGAUCGACUACGAAUUUGCAGCGAAGAACGCAUUUUCCCAGGCAUUUCCAAAUGCUCACGUUCAAGGAUGUCUUUUUCAUCUCUGUCAGAGGAUACAUGAACGGAUCAAGCAAGAAGGGCUGCAGGUGCUCUACAACGAGGAUGAGGAGAUCCGGACACAGGCGAGAAUGAUAGGAGCGAUUGCAUUUGUGCCAGUGGAAGACACCGUGGAGGCGUUUGAAGCCUUGGCAGGCAUUGCAAGGGCAGAGCUGCAACCUGUCCUCAAUUAUUUUUAG